AUGUCAGCGGUUAUCAGAAAGGGGUUAGGAUCUUUUUUUGCGUUUGCCACAGGAUACUCUGCAAUCCAUUCUAAUACUGUUCCAGAUUACUCACCAAGAGGCCUUGAUGAGCAGAAACAGAGUGCCUUGGACUCCAUCCGCCAGUCACUGGAAUACAAAGCACUACAAGCUAACAGCAAUUUUCACGGCUCCGCAUACUCGCUAAGUAUUCCUAGCAGCUAUCGUCAAAACCAUGUUGCUCAAGGUGUGCUUUAUGGACAAAACUAUUUUGAAAUUGACCCACUUGUGUACGUAAACGAGAACGAUGGCGAGUUGGUGGCGUUCUACCAUAUUGGAGAUAAGCUUACAGAUCAGACAGGCAAGCUCCACCAUGGUGUGCUCGGGCUAUUACUAGAUGAAGCUUUGUGUUUUUGCGGAUUCCCAAAGUUGCCUCACAAAAGAGGUGUCACUGGGAAGUUAACCCUUGAUUAUGAAGACAGUGUUUGUGCCGGACAAACUGUUGUACUCAAGGCUAAGGUCACAGAGCAUCAGGGCAGAAAGGCAGUUAUUGAUGGUCAUAUUGAGACUUUGGAUCAAGGGAAUGUGCUUGCAAAGGGCCGUUGUGUACUCGUCGAGCCUAAAUGGUUCAAAUAUGUCGAUUGGUUCGAUCUUUUUAGACAGUAG